UUCUUAUUUUUCAUUUUGCAUUUUCUCAUAAACACUCACGCGCUUAUUCUCGAACCCCAAAUCUCAUGGCUUCGUCUUCGUCACCAACAACAACAUUGAGCCGGAGAAGAACACAAGCUCCGAUUCCAGCUCCGAAGAAACUCUCCAACUUCGACGACGUCGUUUGCCAGAAAUGCAGCUCCGGCAAAUCCCCAACCAAGUUGCUCCUCUGCGACAAAUGCGACAAAGGCUAUCACAUCUUCUGCCUCUCACCUAUCCUUGCUAAAGUUCCCAAGUCCUCUUGGUUCUGCCCCUCUUGCUCCCACACUACCACCAACAACCCUAAAUCUUUUCCUCUUGUACAGACGAAGAUUAUUGAUUUCUUCAAAAUCCAACGGUCUUCUGAAGCAUCUCAGAUUCCGAAUCAAGAUUCAAAGAAGAAGAGAAAGAGGAGCAGUAGUUUAGUGGUUUCAAAGAAGAAAAGGAAGCUGUUGCCGUUUACUCCGAGUGAUGAUUCUAGGAGAAGAUUAGUACAGAUGGCUUCCUUGGCAACUGCGCUGACUGCAACUAAAACGGAGUUUAGUAAUGAGCUUACUUAUAUGCCUGGAAUGGCUCCAAGGGAUGCUAAUUCUCCUGCUCUUGAACAUGGUGGAAUGCAGGUCAUGUCAAAAGAAGACAUUGAGACUCUUAACUUAUGCAGAAGUAUGAUGGAAAGAGGAGAAUGUCCACCCCUCAUGGUUGUUUUUGAUCCUGUAGAAGGCUUCACUGUGGAAGCAGACAAAUCCAUCAAAGAUUUGACAAUAGUAACAGAAUAUGUUGGAGAUGUAGAUUUCUUAAAGAACCGGGAAUACGAUGAUGGGGAUAGCAUUAUGACACUUCUUUUUGCUUCUGAUCCUUCACAAUCGCUGGUCAUCUGCCCAGAUAAACGAAGCAACAUAGCACGAUUUGUUAAUGGCAUCAACAAUCACACACUUGAAGGAAAAAAGAAGCAGAACUUGAAAUGUGUGAGAUUUAAUGUCGAUGGUGAAUGUCGGGUCCUUUUAAUUGCUAUCAGAGAUAUAGCUAAGGGGGAAAGGCUGUACUAUGACUACAAUGGAUAUGAACAUGAAUAUCCAACUGAACACUUUGUCUAACUGUGUGGCUUGUCUAUGAUCUAGAGCCUACAAUAUUAAGGAAAUAAUAGCUUGAACAGGGAAUUGUUAACUUGUGAUUUGAUUAUUUCAUCUCUAAAUUUAGUAGUUCAUUCAACCUAUACCUUUGGCAUUGAUAGCUGGAAAGUGUUAAGAACUGGAACUUCAAAACGGUUUGUUUUGUUCAUGUGUUGGGCAUGUAUCUCAUUAGAUAUACCUUGUGGACAUGUAAUUCUUGGGUAAUUUUUGUAACUGGUGGUUUUUAUCUAUCAAUUUAUUAGCUGAUUCAAUUUA